GUGAGUGUUAAAAGCUUGAAGCAGAUAACACUGUAAAGACGCUAUUUCCGUUUUUGAUCAAAUUCAGGGAUGUGUGUGUUUCUGUGCAACAGAGGUGAGACAUGUCCUUCUGUGUGGUGAAGUCCAGAAGUAAAAACCCAUACACGGCAGUGCAGGUAGACCCAGAGAGUGAUUACAUCACAACGGGAACAUUAGACCUUGAGCAGCUGUUCUGGACCGGCACCGGGGCUCAGUAUGAUCAUGUGAACCAGGUCUGGCCUGGUAUCUACAUUGGAGAUGAGAAAACAGCUCUAGAACGGUCUGGCCUGAGGGAUCUGGGUAUUACACAUGUCCUGAAUGCAGCAGAGGGGAAGUGGAAUAAUGUGUUGACUGGUGCCAAUUACUACAGAGACAUGGACAUCCAGUACUAUGGUGUAGAAGCUGAUGACAAACCCACCUUCAACAUGUCGCAGUACUUCAGCCCUGCAGCCCAGUUCAUCCAUGAGGCCCUCAGUUACCCACAGAACAAGGUGCUGGUGCACUGCGUGAUGGGGCGGAGCAGGUCUGCGACUCUGGUCUUGGCGUACUUGAUGUUGAAACAUAGUUUAACUGUGGUGGAUGCUAGUGAGCAUGUGCGGCAGCGCCGUUGUAUCUUGCCUAAUCAUGGCUUCAUAAAACAGCUGAGAGCCCUGGACAUCACACUACAAGAGGAGAAGCUGAGACAAAAAAGAGAGAUUCAAGAUGAACAGUACCUAAUAAAGAGAAAAUAUGACUGUUUACUGUAAGUUUUCAUCUCAGGUGCACAAUGUUCUUUGUCCAUCCAUCAUCUAUACCGCUUAUCCUAAUGAGGGUCACGGUGGGGGUGGAGCCUAUCCCACCCUGGACACACAGA